AGGGGCAUGCAGACUGAGCAAAGGGCCCGCGGCAUCCAGAACUGUGCAGGGGAGAGGAGGGUGGCUCGGGUUUCACAGACACAGUGACGGCUCCACAUGAUUCCUCUGAGCAGAAGCAGCAAAUGGGAGAACGGAGCAGCACGCAUUGCAAGAGCGUCGCGGAAACGAGUAACUGAUCUAUAGGAUGGCUUUUUGCGUAUUUGAGUAAUUUGGAAACAAAUUAACAAACAACAAGAAAAGGACAAAAGCCAAACUUUCCCGUCAACAGAGAGACAAUCUCUCAUAGGAUCGUGGGCUGCAGGUCUAAUUAUAGGCAUUUACGUCUGAAUAAAACCAAAGUUCCACGCCAAAGAUGAAAGAGGGUCAUGAGUCGAGAGCCACUGGGAAACCAGGUGAGGAGAAGAGGACUAACUGUCAGCAGCAGCGACCGUUCAGUGUGAGGAGACGUUGCAGCGAUUCGCCAGGCGUAACUAUUUGCAUUCUAGCAUCUGUGCUGUGCCUCGGAGUCUGCACCGUGGUGUUUCUACGGACCUCAGAGCUGCAGUCCAGAAUAAUUAGUUUGGAGCAGCAGCGGGACGCGCGCCUCUACGCCUGGACACUGUCUCUGGAGCAGGUGGAGCCCGUUAUCCUGGGCCGUCUUGACCAGAUCCUGGACGAGAAACUUGCAGACCGAUUGCCAAAGACAAGGGAGGUGAGGGACGCUGCACAUGGUUGUCUGUGUCCCCCAGGACCCCCAGGUCCUCCUGGACGAGCAGGCUUUCUGGGCUUAAAAGGACACACAGGGGAGAAGGGAGCACCAGGCGAGCCAGGGCUGUCAAUCAUUGGACCAAGAGGGCCUCCUGGACAACCUGGAACAAGAGGAUUUCCAGGAUUUCCAGGUCCAAUUGGGUUGGAUGGCAAACCUGGGCAAAGCGGACUGAAGGGAGACAUGGGCCAGCGUGGUCCGACAGGAUUGACAGGGGAACCUGGACCCAAAGGGGAGAAGGGUGUAUGUGGUGACUACACACAUCGGAAGCGACGUAUUGUACAGCCUUGUGUUGGACAGUUAGCCACACAGUUGCUGCCCAUCACUGUGCGAAACAUGCCCUCAAUAAGUCCUCUAAUAUUAAAACGCCUCAAGCAGGGUGAGCCUGGAAUGCAAGGACCACCUGGACAGCCAGGACCCCCUGGUCCCCCAGGUGCUCCAGGCCUCACCGGAGCCAGUGGCUCACCAGGGAAGCCUGGUGAACCAGGGAAACCAGGAAAAGAUCUGAGGCUACUACCAGGAUUGAAGGGGGAGCCAGGUGUGCCAGGACAAAAGGGAGACAAAGGUGACCAGGGACAUAAAGGGGAAGCAGGCCAAACUGGACCUAGAGGUGAUCCAGGCCCAAGUGGAGAACCAGGAAAGGCUGAGAUUCAUAACAGUGAAAAUGAUAUUCACAACAUACCUCUUAUGGGUCCACCUGGAUUGCCUGGACCUCCAGGGAUCCCUGGACUCCAAGGUGCCAAGGGAGAAGUGGGUCUACCAGGUGCUCCAGGACUGGAUGGUGAAAAGGGCCCCAGAGGAAAGCCUGGAGAGCCUGGUCCCAAAGGUCCUGUUGGCUCAGAAGGUCCAAGAGGUGAGAGUGGUUUAAUCGGAUUCCCAGGACCCAAAGGAGACAAGGGAGACAUUGGUCCAUCUGGAUCUCCUGGUUUAGACGGUCCUACUGGUGAAAAGGGGACCACGGGUGUCCCAGGCCCUAUUGGAUUACCUGGUGCAAUGGGUCCUAAAGGUGAGGCUCGAGAACAAAGGACAGAAUUUAUAUAUGGUCCACCAGGGCCCCCAGGACCCCCAGGACUAGUUGGCCCUGCAGGACCUCAAGGACCUUCAGGGCCUAAGGGGGAGCCAGGCAUAGGCAUCAAAGGUGAAAAGGGAGCAACAGGUCAGAAGGGUGACAAAGGAGACAGAGGCCAUCUUGGACUACCUGUACUGCUGCAGCGGGCCUCGGGACUGCGGUGUGGGACACUUGUGCCACAAGAGUGGACGUACAGCUCCACCUCCUGUCUGCAGCCAUGCCAAUAGAACCACCCCCUCAGCCAUCUCAUGGUCUUCACUUCUUCCAAAGGCCGGCUCCUGCUGCCCCGUGGACCCAGUGGUGCAUGUCAGCACCAAGAGAAAAGGGGCCCCAAAAGCUGCAGCUGGUCCUGGCCUGCCCCUGGUGCCCGCCAAAAUCUAUACAGCAGGCCUCGGUGGAGCUCCAAGUUGCCCCACCAAGUAUGUAGUGCUUUCAGCUUGGCACCCUGCAAAGCCACCUCCUGCAAGUCUGGACGUCGCCCUAUUGUAGUCUCAGCAUCAUCGUGGGUUGUCAGAAGGACCUGGAAGGGGCCUUGCCACCGUUUGGAGUUCCAGUGCUUCCUCCUGAACUCCUUAACGAUCGCCCAGUCCCCUAGUUGGAUGGUGUAAUGGUCCUGUCGCCUGUUUUCACCUGUUGGGAAAUCUCAAUUGUGGGGAAAAAGUGUUUGGGCGGCACGGUUUUCCAUCAGGCCCAAACCAGACUCCAUGGCUACAGGUGGAACCAUUCGUCUGCCAGAGUCUGCGUUCCUAUGAGGUAGAAAAUGUUUAAAACACAGGGAGAUGUGAGGAAGGAGAGGGUAGAAAGAGCAUCAGAUGAAUGCUAACAUCGGUUUGCAAUCAGACUUCAAAAGCUUCCUAUGCUUCCACAGAGCACCAAAGUGUCACAAGCAUCUGUGGAGUCUGUGUAGAUUGUAACAAACUUUCCUUCUGCUAGUUUACUAGCUUCAGUCAACGCGAUCAACUCUGCAGCCUGAGCAGAGUAGUAUCUUAGCAAAGCGCCAGGCUUCAAGACGCCCUCUUGACAGUAAUGUUGAGCAAGGUAGUGUUGCAUCUAAGCCAUCGGGCUGUAGAAAGAUGUGAUGUUUUCUAUUCAUAAAGGAUCAAAGACACAGUAUGAGGAACCAACAAGGUGACGUCAGAUUAGCCAACAAUGUCACAUGAUGCCAGAAUGGCUUUCUCUGCCGCAGCCAGUGCUCAUAGACACCGUGGACGUUCAGCAGCAGCUGGAUCAAGCUUGGCAGGAAAAUAGGCAACAGGACCAAGAACAGAAGUUUUACAAUCCUGAUUUUUCAUUCACUGCUUGAGUGAGUAGGGUAAGAUCAGGAAGACCCAAAGUAGGAUCAGACUGAAGAGUUAGCUUGAGGUUGGUGAACGUUUGUUCAGUCUUAGACGUCCACGUGAGAGAAGAAGUGGACGAUGAAGACAUCUGCAUCAGAACCCUGAGUGGGGCCUUAAAGACAGUAAAGUUAAGAAUGAAGUUCUUACAAUAAGAACAAAGUCCUAGAAAAACAUAAGCUGUUUAUACGUGCACGGUUUAGGCAGGUUUCAAAUUGCUUCAACUCUGUUGGGUAAGAUGGAUUUGCCAUCAGCUGUAGUUACAAUGACCCAGAAAAAUAACCUUUGUCUGAACAAACUGUUAUUUAGACAGGCUCUCUUUGUGGCCUGUAGUGUCCAAUGUUUCAGCAGCUUAGUAGUGACUACAGUAACGCCAUCUAUGGCUUCCUUUAAAAGGGUGUUGUUGUUUACAUGGUCUGUGGUCAGAUUUAGGUGUGAUGACCACUGGUUCACAUGAACAACAUGAAACGCACUAAUAACCAUAUUUACCCAUCAUUAAUUUUGCAAGGUUGAUAUCCGGUGGUGAAGACUCAGAUUGCCCCAAACCCGUCUUUCAGAGUUCGGCAGUUUCCUGCCUUAGACUUUUUUGUGUUCCAGCCAGAACAUUCCCAAAAUUUCUUUUUAUCAGACGUCUCCAUAAAAAGGGAACCAACCUGAUCUGGCGACUUCUUUCCCGAAGUAUUUCCUCAACGUUAGGCCCCUCUAGGACCCGAGUCCCUUGUAUCUUGGAAAAACGUCAUUCUGCAAAGGCACUCCAUCUUUCAAAAGCCGUCUCUUAUACUCAGUCCCCCACAUGUGGACCACGCACAGAUCAAAAAACCUUGUCUGUACCCUCAGUACUGACGAAAACUCGGUUCCAUGAGCCAACCCUUAGCAACCGUCGUCUCACCACCCAGAGCAGACUUUGACCUAAUUAAGAAAUGGUAUUAUUGUGAUUUUUAUUUUAAUCUAAUCAAUUUUCCUAGGUAAAAGUGUUGCGGCUACUGAGAAGGGACGUGAAACUUGAGCAAUGGACAUGACAUUAGAUGUAAUCCUGAAUGGAACCUACUGUAAUUAUAUGAUUAUAUAUAAUGUGUAUGGUUGUAAAUACUAACUAAUGGAAUAUAUUAUAAAAUGCAAUUGGCCUUUUCCCCAAAGCUUGGUAAUUAAUAAAAUGUCUUCCUCACAUUAAUAGAACACCAUUCCUUCACAUUACUUCACGUACUUCUAUCACACCAAAUAUUAACUUAUUUUACUGUAUAUGUUUGAUAUAGCCCAUCAUUAAAGUACCCUACAGUAAGUUGAAUAGACAUCAAUGACCAAACCUUUACCUUUAAUAAAAAUAAGUUCCUUAAAUGAGUACAUCACCGUUCCUUUACAGGUCCCCUGCCCUUUAUCAUUUACAUACUCCCUCUUCCGCAAAAACGAUAUUAAUUUUCACUGUUAUGCAGAUGACACCCAGCUCUACAUUUCCACCAAACCAAAUUCUGCCUUCACAGACUGCCUUCUUGAGAUUAAAUUCUGGCUCUUGCAACUUUCAAAAAUUUUGUUCUAAUCAUUGCCACCAAUCCACCCUAACCAAAUUAAACUGUUUUAAUAUCCAAAUUGAAAAGCACCCAUAUCAAUAACAUCACACGGUAUGCCUACUUUCAUCUGUACAACAUCAACCACCGUCAUUCCUCCCUCACACCUCACUUUGCUGCCAUACUGGUUCACAGUCUCGCCUGUCUUAUUACAGCUCCCUCUCUUUGGUCUUCCCCAGAAAACCCUUCACAAAUUACAGCUAGUUUAAAAUUCAGCAGCCCACAUUAUUGCAAGAUCCCCAACACACUGUUAUAUUAUUCCAGUUUUGCAACAACUCCACUGGCUAGCAAUCGCUUACCGACUUUAAUUUAAAAUACUGUUACUCACCUAUAAGUCCAUAAACAACCUGGCCCCUUCUUACCUUGCUGACCUCUAAAUUACCGUACCCUCAGAUCUCCAUCAUUCCUUCGGCUCACUGUCCCUAUGGGGCACAGAGAAUUUAGUCGCUCUGCCCCACAACUAUGGAAUUCCCUUCCCCACAGACCUUUGUGAUAUAAGUUCAAUUCCUCUUUUCAAAUCCAAUCUCAAAGCCUAACCGUUCAGGCUCUCCUAUACCCUUUGAUUAGUUGCCUAACUUUUAAUUUUUAUUAUUUUUUAUUUAUUUUUAUUAUAAUUUUUUGUAAUUAUUUUAGUCCUAUUUUUAUCUGGUACUGUAUGUAUGUGUUACGCGCUCACCUUGACUGGGGACACUAGGCUGCUAAGGCCUACGAACAAGAAAGAGAGAUGACCCAAAUACAAAAAAACAAAGGGAAACACAAACUAAAGGUGCGGGAUAACAAAUACAUGUAAAUGUACUGUAAAUACAUUACAGACAGAGCUAAACUGAAAAUCACUGCAGUGCAGGAGAAAACUAAUAAAUACACACAAGUUGACAACGGACACAAGGCAAAAGAACAUGAUUGGGCAUGGUAACAGUGGACAAAGUACCAACAAACACUGUGCACAAACUAUGACCGUACAGUAAAUACCAGACAGACCAAAUCAAAACCAAACAAACCAAACGAAAGGAGUUCAUGAGUCCAAGACCUUGCCAUAGGGUCUGUAAACAAAGUUCAUCACACCCUUUAUGGUAGGUGAUGACGGGGAAAGUUCCAACUCAGCAGCCGCUGGGGGCCUAAUGGCACAUCAUGUCCCAUGGGCAAGACAAAGUUCCCCUGGGAGGCUGGCGACGAAAGAGACUCAGCGAUCGUAGCAGCAGACAGCAACAAAGGCAAGUCCAACUGUUGGGCAGAUGAGAUGAGUGGCGAAGGACUGCUCCAGGUCGACGAGAUGAACAAGAAAGGCGAUGAGCAGAACUCUUCGCAGGCCAGGAAACAGAGACUAGUUACAAAAACAAAGUCCCAAUACCUGGGACUGAAAUGAGUCUGGGACAUACUGACAAAAUGCCCAAAUGCUUGUGUUAAAUUGGUUUAGUAGUACAUCUGGUGAGACUCUACAAUCUUUCUGCUUUCGCAGAUCGUCGCCGUAAUCCUUCAUGAUUUAAUAUGAAACAAAUAUCACAAAAAAAACAACCAAAAGUGUAUGUAGUUCUCUAAAAAGUGUUGCUAUGAUAAACUAUUUUUAAAAAAAGGCCUGCGAGGGCCCCAUGUGGUCCAUUCAGGGUCACCAAAUUAGUGAGGUCUUCAGUACUUAUUGUGCACUCUACUUCCUCUUGUUUUAUUUUUUUUUAUUCAGUCUCUUGCCACAGCUCUGGACGCUCUUUCUCCAGAGAUGAGCUCAUGAACAUCAGAGCUACAUCGCCCAAACAUAUUUCCAACAUUUCUCGGUUCUACCGGGGAUUUACUGGUUAUUUUAUAAGUUUCCGCCGCCACAGAUUAUGCACUGUGCUGCCUGGGAUAUUCCUCUCCAUCCUGCGCUCACUGCAACACAACGGACAAACUGACCGUGCUGCUUGACAAAACGGAGAAUUUUCUUCAUCGUGUGUUUUGUUUUACUAAGACAUGUCUGUGCGACCUCAUACCGGACAGCUGCGCUACAGCUGCGGGGAUUUCAACUGCACAAAGCGCACAGACACGCUGAGCUUUCCGGCAAAACAAAAGGAGGUGGAAUAUGUUUCUACAUCAACAACGGCUGGUGCAGCAAUGUUGUGUUCUGUUAUGUUCUUGCUCGUCUUUACAACAUGCGAGCUGCUCAGCGAGCGCUGGCUGAGGAGAUUUUGACGAUAUAACAGACAAACCCAGAUGCCUUAGUCACUUGGGACAUUUUAAUAAAGUCAACCUGUCAUCUGAAUUUCCUAAAUACAAACAGUUCAUCAUAUGUCCAACCAGAGAUGGAAAGGUACUGGACCACUGCACUGCAUUAUACCUGUCUGACCACAUCAUGGUGCAUCUGAUUCCAUCCUACUGGCAGAAAUUAAAACUCUGUAAGCCCGUUGUGAGGCCCUGGAAGAAGUGUGGGGAAACUUCAGGAGUGUUUGGCCUGCAUAAACUGGGUCAUUUUCAGGUCUGCCACCAACAGCUUAAUAAGCACACAGACACUGUGACGUCCUACAUCAACUUUUGUGAGGACAGCGUCAUUCCAACACGCACCAGGGUGAGCUACAACAAUGAUAAACCCUGGUUCACAGCAAGGCUCAGAUAGCUGAGGUCAGAGAAAGAAGCUGCGAUCAGAAGUGGGGACAGAGACAAAUACAAAGAGGCACAAAUUUGGCAAGGAGGUGAGAAAAGAUUAAGCUGAGAAUGGAACAGCAAUUCCCAGCCAAUGGCUGAGGCCAACGACCUCAGUAUAUUCUACUGCCGCUUUGAUCAGGAAGUAGACAAUCCUAACACGAAGACUUCAGCUCUGCUUUCAACACAGUAGUUCAAUCUUUGCUCCAUGACAAACUCACUCUGCUGAAUGUACCUGACUCCAUCUGCAGGUGGAUCACAGACUUCCUCACUCACAGACAGCAAUAUGUGAAGCUGGGGAAACUUGUCUCUAAUUCUCUCCUGCUAUUCUCCCUGCACAC